UAUCAUACUAUCCAAGUAAGCCACACCGCUCUAUACACCACACACAACAGCAACAAAAGACUUCAAGCCCUCCAAUAUGGCUUCCACAAGCUCUACCCUAGCGCAGUCGCGUGCUAGUUCGGAAAGUUCGACCACACUGGCGCCACAACUCUCGACCCCCAGCCUCGCGCUCACCAUCAUCCUCAACGAACACAGUUCGCCCGAACGCACUGCACACGCUUGGUCCACAAAACGAAAAUGGUGCCUUUUAACUGUGGUUGCAUUCUGUCAGAUCAGCAUGAAUCUCAACGCUUCGGUAUACUCCAACGCCGUGCCUCUGCUGAACGACUACUUCGGCAUCACAAAUGCCCGGUUGGGUAUGACUGCCUUCCUCGUCGCAUAUGCAUUCGGCUGCGAAUUCUGGGCGCCGUUUUCUGAGGAAUUCGGACGCUGGCCUGUCAUGCAAGCCUCUCUUGGGCUGACAAAUAUCUCGAUCUUGGUCUGCGCUACAUCCAACAGCUUUGCCGGAAUCAUCGGUGGCAGGAUCAUGGGCGGGUUGUCUUCGGCUGGUGGAUCGGUCACCAUGGGCAUGGUCGGUGACAUGUAUCACAAAGAUGAGCAGCAAUAUGCCGUCUUGUGGUGUUCGCUCUUCUCUUGUCUCGGAUCAGUCAUCGGAGGCAUUAUCGGAGGCCCGCUCGAGCAGUUCCUGCAUUGGCGUUGGAAUUUCUAUAUCCAGCUCAUCCUCGGAGUAACGACCCAGCUGCUUCACGGGGUAGUCGCCAGAGAGACUCUGGCUCCCGCUAUGCUCGACUGUGCCGCGAAAAAGGAACGAAAGAGCGGUAAUGUCAACGUCCGGGGACCGAACAAAGACAAGAAAUGGAGGGACAGGCUGCACUACAAGGAAGUUGCCAGUACGAUGUUUCGACCAUACCAGUUGCUCCUGACUGAGCCCAUUGUCCUUUUCCUCUCGCUGCUGAGCGGUCUCGCCGACGCGCUCAUCUUCUCCUUCUUCGAGAGCUUCAGCUACGUCUUCCAACAAUGGUCUUUCACGCCUACGCAGAUCUCGCUUGCCCUCGUCGCAUUAGCCGUGUCAUACAUCAUCGGUUACUUCACCUUUUUCCCCAUCAUCGCCCGUCACAAUGCUCGACGCAGCCGGGGUGAACAGCUCGCACCUGAGGCACGUCUCAAGCCACUUCUAUGGCUCGUCAUCCUCCUUCCUGCUGGGCUGCUCAUCUGCGUAUUCGUUGCAACAGGGCCACCACUCCACUGGUUCGGUGUAAUCAUGGCUACCCUCCUCAUUGGAGUCGCGAACUUCGCCAUCUACUACGCGUCCAUCGAUUACAUGGUCGCCGCCUACGGACCACACAGCGCGUAUUCAGAGAUCGUACUUGGUACUAUUCGGCUUGACAGCGCUGUUUUGUCUUCCGGUAUACCUCUUUUACUUCAAGGGUCCGGCGAUUCGUGCGAAGAGUAA